UCUUUGCCAGUCGGUUCCUAACCUUCGGUCGUAGCGGUUUGCACGUGUCCUUUGUGUCUUUGAUUUAUUUUUAAUUUGCACGCGCCAAAAUUGGUUUUUGACAAUCAGCAACGACUGUAUCGAUUCAAAAUUGUUUACUCGAACAACUGGUGAAAGUGUUUACUGUGGUUUUUUAAAUUCUUCCACCACGUGAUCUGACGUCUGACCGACGCCUUCUUUAUAAUUCAUUCAUACCGCCCCGGUUUGGUAGUGAAGGAAAAAGGACAAUAUAUUUUCGAAAACAACCUCAGACACGACAAGCACUAGAUAGAUUUCUUGUCUGAUCGGAGAAGACACGGUGGAGGCCAAACUGUGGAAUUAUGGAAGCAGUUGAAUCCAAAAAUGAUUGGAUCGCUCCUACAGAAGUGGACGGCCUUUACGAUCCAGCUUUAGAGAAAGAAGCUUGCGGAGUUGGAUUCGUCGUCCAAAUCGAUGGCAUCCGUUCCAAUAAAAUCCUUAAAGAUGCCAGGACCUUGGCUUCUCGUUUAAUCCAUCGAGGAGCCUGUUCCUGUGACAAUGAUACGGGCGAUGGUGCUGGAGUAUUAACUGCCAUCCCCCAUCAGCUUUACGCAACCAUCGUUAGGGAAGAAGCUGAUAUCGAAUUGCCUCCAUUAGGUCAUUACGCUACUGGCAUUUGUUUUGUUGACAAACAACAUCAUGCCGAAAGCGAAGCCAUGUUCCAGGAGAUUGCCAAAGAAUGCUCGCUUCAGGUACUCUAUUGGCGAACAGUACCGACUGACAGUUCAGUCAUUGGGCAAGUGGCUCGAAAUGGCGAACCGUUAAUGAGACAAGUCUUCGUUACAUGGGACAAUCCGGCAUUUACGUCCCCAGAAGACGAAAUUGUUUUCUUGGAAAAGGUCUUUGUGUUGAGGAAGAAAGUGACGCACAGGAUCCCUCGGCCUGGAGCUCGUUUCUACAUUUGCAGCCUAUCUCCCGACGUCAUCGUUUAUAAAGGCCAGCUGACAUCCAACCAAGUUUGGACUUACUUUGCUGAUCUUGAUAGACCCGAAUAUGAAACUUAUCUGGCCCUGGUGCACACUCGAUUUUCGACCAAUACGUUCCCCAGUUGGGAACGAGCCCAUCCGUUGCGGAUGUUGGCUCAUAAUGGCGAAAUUAAUACGCUUCGAGGCAACGUCAACUAUAUGAAAGCCAGGGAAGGUUUGAUGAGUUCCGAACGGUUCGGCAAACGAGCACUGGCUGAACUCUACCCUGUUGUCGAACCCAAUCUCAGUGAUUCAGGAUCGGCCGAUUGCGUUCUUGAAUUCCUCGUACGUGCCGGAGGCAGAUCCCUUCCCGAGGCUAUUAUGACGAUGAUUCCCGAAGCGUGGGAGAAAGAUCCUCUUAUGGAUCAAGAGAAAAAAGAUUUUUAUCGAUGGGCUGGAUGCGCCAUGGAACCGUGGGACGGACCGGCUUUGAUGGCUUUUACCGAUGGUCGCUACAUUGGUGCUGUUCUCGACCGGAAUGGUCUGAGACCAUCGCGUUAUUACGUCACAAAAGACAACGUGGUUGUCAUGGCCUCAGAAGUAGGCGUCUACGAUGUAGAUCCGAUCGAUAUUGUACACAAAGGAAGAUUGGAGCCAUCCCGGAUGCUUUUGGUGGAUACAGCCAACCGAGUCAUCAUCGGUGAUGAUGAGAUCAAGAUGAGCAUCGCUCGUAGUCGACCACAUUCCAGUUGGUUGAGCCAGCUGGUCACCCUGGAUGAUUUAAGAAAAGCGUCGUCGGAAAUAUCGAACGGUGAACCAUCUGCCCCAGUCUCCCAUCUCGAAUCGGCCGUCGAUAUCCAGAAGCAGCUGUCGCUAUUCAACUAUACGUUGGAAACGCUGACACUUCUGCUCGUUCCCAUGUUCACUACCAAGAAAGAAGCUUUAGGGUCAAUGGGUAACGAUGCCCCGUUGGCUUGCCUCUCGGAAUUCCACCCUUUACUCUACGAGUAUUUUAAGCAGCUUUUUGCCCAAGUCACUAAUCCGCCGAUCGAUCCUUUCCGUGAAAGGAUAGUCAUGUCGUUGGCUUGCCCUAUUGGUCCGGAAGCCAAUAUUUUGGAACCGAGUGAACAGCAAUGCCGUCGCUUGUACCUGGACCAGCCCAUUCUAUCACCCGAAGAUCUGUCCGUCAUUUGCCGUUCUCGCCUUAAGGAUUGGAAGACUCAAGUGGUAGAUAUUACCAUCGAAGCUGGUAAACCCCUAGAUUAUAUCGUGGAAUUGGACAGAAUUUGUCAGGAAGUGACAGAGGCUGUCAAUGACGAGUACCAGUUUAUUGUCUUGUCCGAUAAGAAAGCCGGGAUUGAAAGGACUCCGUUGAGUACCCUCUUGACUCUAGGGGCUGUCCAUCAUCAUCUGAUUGAAGAGAGGCUUCGGAUGAAAGUGGCCCUCAUCCUAGAAACGGGCGAAGCCAGGGAGGUGCAUCACAUGUGCGUCCUGUUGGGCUACGGAGCCGAUGCCAUUUGUCCUUAUUUGAUUUUCGACGCUGCCCGGCGCCUGAGAGCCGAAGGUGUUCUAAAUGAGAAAUACAACGACAAGGAAAUAUUUCGGAAUUACGUUGCGGCCAUGGAAAAUGGCAUCUCAAAAGUCAUGGCCAAAAUGGGAAUAUCGACCCUUCAAUCGUACAAGGGAGCUCAGAUCUUCGAAGCAGUUGGACUGUCUCGCGAGAUUGUCGAUAAAUGUUUCAAGGGCACCUCGUCGCGUUUGAGUGGAGUAACAUUCAAAGAACUGGCUGAAGAGACAAUGGGUCGUCACGCGUUGACGUUUCAACAACGUCAGUGUGACACGUACACACUGCGCGAACCAGGCAUUUAUCAUUGGCGUCAUGGCGGAGAAAAACAUGUCAAUGAUCCUAAUAGUAUUGGCAACCUCCAGGAAGCAGCCAAAAACAAUAGUCGAGAUGCGUUUGCUCGUUUCCAAGAAUCUACAAUGGUAAGUUUGCGCCAAUGCACUCUGCGAGGUCAGUUGGAGCUGAUUCCAUCGAAAUCGCCCGUCAACAUUGAUGAUGUCGAACCAGCUGCUGAGAUCGUCAAGAGAUUCGUAACAGGUGCAAUGAGCUUUGGAUCCAUUUCAAUGGAAGCCCAUACUACCCUUGCAAAAGCGAUGAACCGCGUUGGAGCUAAAUCCAACACCGGAGAAGGAGGGGAAGAUCCGGAACGUUAUUUGAACCAGGAUCCUGAAAAUAAUCAUCGCUCUGCUAUCAAACAAGUUGCCAGUGGCCGGUUUGGAGUGACAGCAGCUUAUCUUGCCAAUGCUGACGAGUUGCAAAUUAAAAUGGCUCAGGGAGCCAAACCGGGUGAAGGUGGCGAAUUACCCGGUUACAAAGUGACGGCCGAGAUUGCACGCACGCGACACAGCGUGCCGGGAGUUGGCUUGAUAUCUCCUCCUCCUCAUCACGACAUUUAUUCAAUCGAGGAUCUGGCCGAGUUGAUUUACGAUCUCAAAUGCGCAAAUCCCAGGGCUCGCAUAUCCGUAAAACUCGUAUCCGUUGUCGGUGUGGGUGUAGUAGCCACUGGCGUUGCCAAAGGCAAGGCGGAACACAUCACCAUUUCUGGUCACGAUGGAGGCACGGGAGCUAGUAGCUGGACCGGAAUCAAAAGUGCCGGACUCCCUUGGGAACUUGGGGUUGCCGAAACUCAUCAAACUCUAGUCUUGAAUGAUUUACGUUCACGGAUUGUCCUUCAGGCGGACGGCCAAAUCAGGACGGCAUUCGAUGUUAUAGUGGCAGCCUUAUUAGGUGCAGAUGAAUUCGGAUUCAGCACUGCUCCGCUGAUUAUAUUGGGUUGCACGAUGAUGCGGAAAUGUCACUUGAAUACGUGCCCAGUCGGAAUUGCGACUCAGGAUCCGGUUCUUCGCCAGAAAUUUAAUGGGCAGCCUGAGCAUCUCAUCAAUUAUCUAUUCUUGCUGGCAGAAGAAGUCCGAAAAGAAAUGGCCAAGCUUGGAUUCACGAAAUUCCAGCAAUUGAUCGGAAGGACUGAUCUUCUACGUGCCCGUGACGGUCUGGAUUCCUCUGCUCCAUCCAAAGCUAAAUUUUUGAACUUUGACGCUCUGCUGCGCAAUGCCCAGAAAAUGCGGCCUGGAGUUGGUAUCGUUGGUGGAUCAAUUGCCCAAGAUUUCGGCCUCGAGGAUCACCUGGAUCAAAUAUUGAUAAAGGAGUCGGCGGCCGUAUUGAAUGGAACCAGCCGUCGAGUUGACUUUGAAGUUGAUAUCGUCAAUUCUAAUCGAGCUGUAGGCACGAUGCUUAGCUACCACAUCGCUAAACAACAUGGAGAUAAAGGACUUCCAUCCGGAAGCAUCAACAUUCUCAUGAAAGGAUCUGCCGGACAGAGUUUCUGCGCUUUCUUAGCACACGGAAUCCACAUUACUCUUGUAGGCGAUGCCAAUGAUUACGUUGGCAAAGGUUUGUCUGGUGGCGAGAUCGUUAUACAUCCGCAUCCGGACUCCAGCUUCCGCUCAGAAGAAAACAUUAUCGCUGGUAAUGCAUGUCUUUACGGUGCCACUUCGGGACGUGUCUUUUUACGUGGUGUAGCUGCCGAACGUUUUUGCGUCCGCAAUUCCGGCUCUACUGCUGUCGUCGAAGGAGUAGGAAAUCAUGGAUGUGAAUACAUGACUGGCGGAAUAGUCUUAAUUUUAGGAUCUACGGGACGUAAUUUCGCUGCUGGAAUGUCGGGCGGAAUUGUCUACGUCUUGGAUGUCAAAGGCGAUUUCGCUAGUGUUUGCAAUACGUCGAUGGUGGAACUGUUACCUUUAGUCGAAGAUGAAGAUGUCACUCUUGUUCAUUCUCUACUUAAAGAGUUUGUCGAGAAAACUUCAUCCGAAGUGGCUUCAGCUUUGCUCGGAAAUUGGCCGGAAUCACGCAGCCGAUUCGUCAAAGUCUUCCCUUACGAAUACCAACGUGCUCUGCAAGGCCUGAAGGAGGCGCAGCGUGAAAAACCAAUAAUCAACAGUAAUUCUACUGCCAAAAUCAAUGGAUUUCACAAGAAAUCAGCUGCCAUUCAAGACAUCGAGGAUGCGGUGGUCAACGGUUCGGUUUCCGCCACAACUGAAAAGGCGUUGGACAAGACGAGGGGUUUCAUGAAAUACAACCGCGAACUUCAAUCUUAUAGGCCGGUUGAGAAACGAAUGAAUGACUGGGAUGAAAUCUAUAAUUUCAAUCACAUCCGCAAAGGAUUGAAAGUUCAAACUGCCCGUUGCAUGGAUUGCGGUGUGCCAUUUUGCCAGAGUUCCUACGGUUGUCCUCUUGGCAAUCUCAUCCCGAAAUGGAAUGACCUCGUCUACCAAAACAAAUGGAAGGACGCGUUGGAUCAACUUUUACAAACAAACAAUUUCCCGGAAUUCACUGGCCGAGUUUGUCCGGCUCCUUGUGAAAGCGCCUGCGUGCUGGGCAUUAACAGUUCGCCCGUUACCAUCAAGUCGAUUGAAUGUGCCAUCAUCGAUCACGCAUUCGAGCAAGGAUGGAUGAAACCCGAUCCUCCGUCCUUCCGCAGCGGCAAAAAAGUCGCAGUUGUUGGUUCCGGUCCAGCUGGAUUAGCUUGCGCUCAUCAACUUAAUAAGGCUGGGCAUCUAGUCACCGUCUAUGAACGUGAUGACGCGAUUGGUGGCCUACUUCAAUAUGGUAUCCCUACCAUGAAGCUUUCCAGGAGUGUAGUCCAAAGGCGAAUAGACUUGAUGGAAAAAGAAGGAAUAGUCUUCCGAACGGGGGUUAAUAUUGGCAAGGACAUUUCUGCCAAGGAAUUGCACAACAACUUUGAUUCCGUAGUCCUUUGUCUUGGGGCCACUAAACCUCGAGAUAUAUCGAUACCCGGCCGAGAAUUAGACGGAAUCUAUCAGGCCGUUGCGUUUUUAGAAACUUGGCAAAAGAAGCAAUCUUCUCCCAAUAAUAAAUUGGGAAAUCCAGCUUUUACUGCUAAAGACAGAGAUGUCGUUGUCCUUGGCGGAGGUGACACUGGUUGCGACUGUAUCGGAACGUCUCUCCGCCAGGGAGCGCGUUCUAUUACGACGUUCGAAAUUCUUCCACCUCCGCCAACUUCACGAGCUGCCGACAAUCCUUGGCCUCAGUGGGGUCGUGUUUUUAAAGUUGAUUAUGGUCACGAUGAAGUCAAAACCAAAUUCGGUAAAGAUCCGCGUCUGUUUAAUAUGAUGAGCAAAGAAUUCGUGAAUGAUGGACAUGGCAGAGUCGCUGGUAUUAAAGCAGUGCAAGUCGAAUGGACAAAAGACUCAGCCGGACGAUGGAUCAUGUCGGAAAUUGCUGGAAGCGAAAAGUUGUUCAAGUGUGAUAUGGUUCUAUUAGCCAUGGGAUUCCUUGGUCCCGAGCGCUACAUUAUCGAUCAAUUAAAACUCGAUGAAGAUCCUCGCAGUAAUGUGGCAACGCCUAAUGGUCAAUACUCGACUAACGUUGCCCGUGUUUUCGCCGCUGGAGAUUGCAGAAGAGGCCAAUCGCUGGUGGUGUGGGCCAUUGCCGAAGGGCGGCAAGCGGCACGACAGACGCCUGAAAGUUCCGUACCAAAACACAUCAUGGCCGACGUUUAUCUCGAGUCUUUUCCUUCUUCUGUUUGGCUUCAAUUGGAAAAGCAAACUUUGUUGUCUCAUGAUUACCUUGUCGACGAGCUUAGUAAGCACCUCAGCAUUGCAAGGCAAAAUGUUCAAUGUAAAUUUUUCCGUGGACACUCUCAAAUUUUGCCGGGAAGUUGUGACCCGUGGCCCAAAAGCGAUACCUUCAUUAGAACAAGUAUCUCAUUGGCAGGCGGGAAAGGUGGCUUCGGUUCUAUGUUGAGAGCUAUUGGAGCCCAAAUUGAAAAAACUACCAACCGUGAAGCCUGUCGUGACUUGAGUGGAAGGCGGCUUAGGGAUAUUAAUGAGGAGAAAAGACUUAAAGAUUGGGUUUCAAAGCAAGCUGAUAGAGAAAAGGAACGAGAAGAAAGAAAACAGAAAAAGUUGGAAAAGCUAAGACAGGAAUAUCAUCAUGAAUUUCACGAUCCUGAAUAUUUUAGAGUUAGAUCAGAGGUUCUUGACACUGUGAAUGAGGCUUUGGAACAAGGAAUACAGGCUUCUAGUUCAACAGCUGUUGAACCACCAUUGAAAAAACAUAAAGCUUCUGAUGAUGGGCCAGCAAUGAAAAAAACAGCAUUUUGGAUUGGUGUAUCUGAUGAUGAGUCUGAUUCAUCGGAUGACGAAAGAAAAUCUUCGUCGAACACUAAGACCGAAGAAGAAUCCAAAGCACCUGAAUCCAGCAGCCAAGUGUCUGACGAGCGGCAAACCGAAUCCAUUGAAACAUCCGAUGAAACUGAAUCCCCCAAUAUUCAAAAAGAAGAUAACAUUCCCUUGGCUAGUUCUUCUAAAUCGGUGAUUGAUACUCCACCCCAGCACGAGCAAGCUGCUGAAGAAACAGUCGUUCCCACCACACCUGCUGUCGCGGAAGAGGUGGUCGUUCCUACACCAGCCACUCCCGAACCUACGGUCUUCUUACCCAUCGACUUGCAGAAUUUCGAUAGUUCCAAAGCUUUGGAGUCGUUAGGUCUCAACCAUUUGAAACACGAACUGCAAAGACUUGGCAUGAAAUGCGGUGGCUCCCUUUCAGAACGCGCAUCACGUCUUUACAGUAUCAAAGGCCUGUCAGUGGAGGAGAUCGAUCCCAGUCUACUCGCCAAGCCGCCGAAGAAGAAAUAAAUGUACAAUUAGGGGCUUGCCAAUCAAAUUGAUGAAACGUGCUUGAUUGAAGGUUAGUGGUACUUAAUUUUUAGUCCGCGAUUUUUAAAAUGUAUAGCCGUGCGUAUCGAUGUAUAUCCUCCGUGGCAAACGGCAUCUUUCCGUUAAUUUCCAAUCGGUUGUAAUCGAUUUCCUUGAUCAUUUGAAAGCCGCCCUUGGCAAGUACGUGAGCCAUAAAUUCGCUGACAGCUUCAACUUUAAUCGAUUGCAAUCCCUUGCAUUUGGCUAGCAUAACCGUGAGUUUUGUGCAUUGGGUCGAUAGCCCACGUUUAGCGUAGUCCUGGCCCACGGUCAUCAGGUCGAUAGACAGGACUGGAUCGCCAUCCAAGUUCAUCCCUUCGUGAAGUAUUUCCAGUAGAUCACAAAUGUUUUGCCACCCAGGGCGCUCGAUAGGAUCAGCAAACGAAACCAAACUAAUAUCAUCUUCCGGUCGAUUCUUGUAGUCGAUGUCGUUGAUGGCUGCAGCGGCUAUUCGAUUAUUAUUGUUGGUAUCACGAAGAAUGAUGGAGACACCCUUGGAGCAAACGUGACUGAUGUACUGCCCUAUCCAAGGUCGCAAUUCCUUUUCAACGUCCCAAUUGUCUUUCAAGGGGAAUCGAUGAAAGAACUCUUUCAUGAUGAAUUCGGUCAAUAGUUGCACAUCGUCGGUUCCUGCCAAAUCGAAAAUUAAUUCUGGAUAUCCAUCGCAAACAAUAGGAAACGAAACGAGAUCUUGAGUAGGCGCUGCCAUCGUUAGAGAUGGCUGACGCUUAGACUACGCCCCCCGAGCACCAGCAAUUUUGACAGAUAGAGAAAUCAAUUAUCAAUUUGUUGAUUACGAUAUCUUUGUCUACAUAUUAAGUGACCUCCUUGGCCGUUUUUUUUUUGUAAUCUACCGAUAUUUGUAUGCAUGUGUCUCCUUGCGAACGCGGUGUGUCAUAAAUGAAACGUGAUUGUCUGACCGUGACACGAUGACAAAUUGAGGCAAACAUUUUUUCUUUUUGGAACCGACUCUCUGACGGAGAUGAAUUCCUGUCAGUUGGUGUUUGGACACUGCCAUCGUGCUCAUUUUUUCCUUCUAAAUAUUCCGACGAUGAUUUAUUUUUUUGUGGGGACGGGGGGCUUCCCUUUAUAUCCCCAUUGCGACAUUUUAGGAAAAAGAAACGGAAACUUUUCUGUUAAUGAUCUUCACGUGGAAGGCCAAAAAAAUAGAAGAUAAACGUCAACGACCGUCGCCGUUGUUGCGCCAUCAAGUUUGUUUUCCAUCCGUCCAAGUCGUUAGAGUGAAACAUAAAUCAAGUAUGGGACGUCUCCGCUAUGCAAUUAGCCGUAGAAAUUCGUUUUCUUAUUCAAACAUUAAACGGAAUCUGCGAGAACUUUACGCUGAUCGUAAGAGUUUGAAAGGAUGAGCUACACUCGUAAAAAUACUCUCAACGCGGAGGUCUUUUCUUAUGCGAUUUUCUUUUUACUAGUACAUAAAUCAUGGCCAAAAGUAUCAACGGUCAACUCCCCAAGGCCGCUCGAAUCAACAUUCCAUCUUCCUGUGUAUUCGGACCGUCGAGUUUUUAACGUCUUUGGUUCGUGUUUCGGCUUUUCUUGAAAGCAAAAGAGAGAACAUGUUAGGGGAACUCCCGAACGAUCCGCUAAACUCAUUUUUGCCUUUUGAUUCUGUGCCGCCUUGAAGGGUUGGCAUUCAAAUUCUUGGCUGGAACACAGAUAAUUGGUAGUUUUUAUCCGUGAGUGAUUGAGACGUUAAGUGGUCCGGCUUUCCCAGUCGGUGUAUUCCACAUUUUUAAAAUUCGAUUUCUUUCAUCAUCACGACGGUAUGGCGUAAUUUCACAAGUGCAAUGCCCCGUACUUCCAUUUAAAUUGCGAUUGCCAAGUCUAAGGACCCCUCCGUAGAGGCUUUUCUUAUAUUAGACCAUCCUUUGUAUUAUCAGGACGCCGACUCUAUUUUCGUACCAUAUUUAUGUAAAUGCUAGGGGCCCCCAGAAAAUUAGCUCUUUGUUCCAUACAUUUUGAGGGGUCGUGACUUUUGGAACUUAAUAAUACGUUGCGGGGUCUUAGUUAUUAAGUUCGUGAAUUGAUCCCUCGCUGAGGGCAUUUACAUCUCAUUUUAAAAGAUGUCGAGUUCGGGUUAGAAAACAAAUGAAUCACCGUUUUGUAUGCCACCGUUUAUUUGGAAUGGAAAGAUUUAAAUUCCUAAUUUGUUUUGAGGCGUGUAUCCCGUUCAAGGACGAUGGUGUACAGUGAGUUUAUCGGGACAAAGUCCCGAAAGGCUUAAAACGCAUUUCACCUUGGCCUCGCCAUUUCUACGUGGUACGUUCAGUAUUUGCUGACUGUAUGUUGUCUAAACGUUCGUCGUCCUUGCAUGAAUAUGUAAACAUACACUCACGCAAAUUUUGUUCCCCUCUUUUACAUGAAAAGCCUUUUGAUUUAAAAGUCCUUGCCUAUUGUAAAAUUCUUUCCUGCGUUACAUGAAUUCGGAAGAUAGUCGUUGUUCUUUCUGAAAUUUUGUACGGAGUUGUCGGCUGACCUUUCGGCAGAAUAUUAUCGUUGACUUUAAAUUAUGCGCUAUUCUAUCGCUGAAAUUUCGAAACUCUUGCAUUCCUAAUAUGGGUAGACAACGAAGUCUCUUCCAUAAAAAGGAAUUGGCAGUUUUGGAAAUUUUUUAAAAUGCGCAUCUGCCAAACUAUAAAACGAGCAAUAAUCGGUUGCGUCCGAAUCACGAACAGAAUUUUAAAGGCGUUGCCAAAAACGAUCACCAGCGUAUUUUCCUUGAAUGAAAAAUGGCACCAACAUUUUUUUUUUUCAAAAAUAAAAUCUGAAAUGUACAAUUUAAAAAAAAAGCUAUAGGACAUUUUCUUCUUAGACGAUGUGAACUUCGAUUGCUCACGGUCAGUUGGGAACUCUUGCGCUUCUGUCAAAACAAAUCGAUUCUUUUUUUGCAAUGACCAAACAAAGAGUUUGUUGGCACAGGUGAUGUGUGUGCUGCCUCAUCACCAUCAUUCCCGAGCAAUGUAUUUUUGUAUGCAUAUUAUGCAAAUGUCUAUAUCGAGCCAAACGAAAAUAUGAGAUACACCGAUUGGUUUUUCAUUUUUUAAAAAUGAUGUUCGCAUACAAGCCCAACUAGUGAGGCGCACCUUCGUGAAACUCUUAUUUUUGCCGUGAUUAUAGGAGAAAUGUCGGGAUAGGAAAAUUCUUGUUACCGGCCUACCGUAAUUUAUGAAUAUCUUCUGCUGUUCCAAGGUCGAUCUUAAUCAACCGCCGAUGCUCAACUCAUUUCCUAUUCGAAACAGUUUCAGAAAUGAACGCGUGACGAAAGGCAAUCAAGGCGCGGUACAACCUAUCGUGAGUAAAAGAACUUUCAGUCCUCACGUCUUUACUGGGGUCCAACCGCCUUCGUUUUAACUUUGAUCAGAUCUUCGCUAACGAAAACAAAAGGUUAAGAAAUUGCCAUUAGACAAAACGAAUUUAUGAGUUUCAAGUUUCAACACUUGGUGGCCAUUUCAAGCGAAUGGCUAUUCUCAAUGUCACGCAAUAAAAAGAAACAAAUUGCCCGGGCCAAGGACUUGUACAGUUGCCCAUCUCUUGACCCUCAAAGAUGAUUACACACAGCAGCUAUCGUGAUUUUUUUUUAAAAAGAUGCUUUUAAGGAUAAACACAUGCGCCUUUCUGCUCGUCACAAUUGCCUCAGUCUGUUUGCUCGUUGAAUUUGAAAACACCUGGAUAUUGCUGGAGGCAGCUACUGGUUGCCCAACGGUUCGUUAUUACCUUCACAGACAGGUAGGGGGUACUUGAAGCGAAUUAUCAAUGCAAUCUUUUUUGUUCGUCAGAAGUUAUGGGCGAUCUGAAUGUGAAAAAUUGGACAGUGUUUGCUGUGCUGGGUUCGUGACUAUGUUUAGCUGUGAUCACCUUGUCAGCGGGUGUAUUUUUGAUUUUGACGGUUAGUUGCAGAGUCGAGAUGUUUGCCGCUGCGUUUCAUAGGAGUAGGACUCGCCUUUUUAUUGUAACUUUGCCAAAAAACGGAUAAAUGGCAUUUGCAAUUCAAAUUGUUUGGCGUGAGGGUCAACAAGAUUCUGCGUUGUUAGUCGUUGUUCAAUAAACUCGUGUGAGAGAUCUGACCUUGGUUGCCAAUACAUUAUUCACAAUCUUUA